AUGAUUUUAGUUGAUUGUCGUACAUUUGUAUUAUACAACAACAGUCAUAUAUAUGGCGCUUUAAAUGUUUCUUGUAGCGACUGCAUAACCCGAAAACGACUGCUAUGUGGUAAGAUAAACAUUGGAGACCUAGUCUCUGGUCCUGAAGAUGCCAAGGUAACAUUUCGACGAUCGCUAGAUGAUGAAAAUGUUAAAAUUGUGCUCUACGAUGAAGAUUCCUGUGAGAAAGUUUCGUCACUGAAGACUCAUCCUCUCAAAGUCAUUUCGACCAGUUUGCUUCAAUUCAACAAGGCUGUGUAUUUUCUUGACGGAGGUAUGAAAGAAUUUUCGAAGAAGCACAAAGGCUUAUGUGUUGAAUCACCGCGAACAGUUCAGUUAGAAUCAAUAUCAUUCAGUCCAACAACACCGCUGCCUGAAGAGAACAUCGAUGGGGCUCUCAUUUCGCAAAUUUUGCCAUUUCUAUAUAUCGGUAACGAACGGGAUUCAUUGAAUGCUCAACUCCUGGCUGACCGUCACGUGACACACGUCAUCAAUGUGACGUCACAUCUUCCCAUGCCUCUGCCAGGUAUACAGUACAAAAGAAUUCCCGCCAGUGACAGCAGCUGCCAAAAUCUCAAACAAUAUUUUGAUGAGGCCAUCAAGUUUAUCGAUGAAGCUCGCAGUAGCAACGGUCGAGUGAUGGUGCACUGUCAGGCAGGUGUGUCCCGAUCUGCUACAAUCGCCAUGGCCUACAUAAUGACUCGCUACAGAGUCUCCAUGAUGAAAGCCUUCAAGAUCGUCAAAAAGAGCCGUCCGAUCAUAGCUCCCAACUUCAACUUUUUGGGACAGCUACUCGAGUUAGAAAGUCGACUUGGUCUGACGGAUGAGUCGAGUUUUGAGAAGCGUGGCUGCCAUCAUCUCGACGACGUUUCAGCAGAUGGUAACAGCACAUGCGCACUUGAAAACAGCAUCGUUGGUUUACUGAUUUCAAAUAAGCCCAACGAAGAUGUAAACGUUAAUAGUUUAAAUAAUGACAAUAACAAAAAUAAUAAUACCAAGAAUAAUAAUAGUGAUAAUAACAAUAGUAAUAACAAUGGUGAGUGUGAAGGUCAAAUGUUUUCAACGUCGACUUCGUCGUUGGUGUCUUGUUGA